GUCAAAUUUCGCGGUCUAGUUGCACCCGUGAUUUGCGCCACCUAAUAGCGGCGGUGCAUCUCAGAUUUACCGGCGCAACUUCAUAUGUCAUUUUAUGUUUCGAACAUGGCGGCGGCUGCAAGACAGGGUUUAGCGGCUUUGGAUUUCGAUUUGUUCGAAAAUAGUAGUGGUAGUGAUAGUGAUAUUAGUGAUGAUGGUGAACAACGCAUACCAAGGAACGCCUUUCAUAUUCGGCAUAUUUCCGAGAGGAUUCUAUUUCAACAUACACGGUUGAACAGAAUUGUGUUUGAAUAUGUUUUAGGUUUGAUUUCACCGGCUUUGACUAAAAACACUCGAAGCGGACGUUACCUGCAUCUAACACCGAUGCAGAAGCUGUAUGUAGCACUUCAGUUUUAUGCUACAGGUUCAUUUCAGUGGCUGGUAGGAAGCAGUGGCCGCGUUUCACAACGUUCAGCGUCUCGUCUCAUUGGGGAGGUUACUGAAGCGAUCGUGGCCCUUGCUCCACAGUUCAUACGUUUUCCUAACGCUGAAGAGUACCUGGCAGUGAAACAAGUCUUUUACCAGAUAGGACAGACGAAACACGGACGUGGAUUUCCGAACGUUUUGGGUGCAAUUGACUGUACUCACGUACGCAUUCAAACACCAACAACUGCCCCAGAACAAUACGUGAAUCGUCAUAUUUACCAUUCGAUCAUUGUUCUAAUCAUGAUUCGUAUGUGUGGAGAAAUUCUGCUCUUCGAGAAGCCUUAACUGAAGGCAAUUUUCCAGAAGGUUGGCUCGUUGGGGAUUCUGGAUAUCCACAAGAGCCUUGGCUGAUGACUCCUGUGGGCCAUGUGAACACUCCUCCAGAAUUAUUAUAUAAUUCUGUCCAUAUUUCCACUCGAAAUCCAGUGGAGAGGACAAAUGGAGUUCUAAAAAGUAGGUGGCAUGUUUUAGAUUGUCCUCUUAAAUACUCUCCAAGGAAAGUGUGUCGCAUAACAACUGCUUGUUGUGUUCUUCACAAUAUUUGCACUGAACAUAACCUGGAUGUAGAAGAUUUUCAAGAACAUCCACUGAAUGACGAAUUUCCAUGUCAAGAGCCCCAAAAUCCCAAUUAUGACCAAAUUAAAAGACACCUGAUUGCACGAUAUUUUACCUGAUUGCGAUAUUUGACCUGAUUAUGACAUUUACCUGAUUACAACAUUUUACCUGAUAUGGACAUAUAUCUUUGUUUAAUUACAAUAGUGACCUGUAGCCUUUCUUUUUCCGUAGGUAUUAAUUUGUAUCCUUUGCAAACUUAAAUUUACUUCUACUAACCGUCUUAUUUUCAAUUAACAAUACCCUAAUCCCUUCCUUAACCUGGUGGGAAUUUGUCAGCCUCUACGUGGUCUCACUAGAUACUUCCGUAACUGAAUGUUCCACACUAAUAAAUUUAAUCCCUAGUUACCUUUUCUAGCUAGUUAUUAAUAAUGUUAUCAGUAGCACGUUUUGGAUUGCUUUUUUUCUCCAAAGAUUAAUUUCAAAAUUUCAGUUGUGGAGAGUAACAAAAUGGGCAAGAAACAUACAACUUAAUUUUUAAAAUAAUUUAAUUUAAUAUCAAUAACAAUAGUCAACAAUAAAAAAUGUAA